GAAGGAGGAGGAGGAGGAGAGGGGCGAGGAGAGGGGCCAGGAGCUGGAGGAGGAGGAGGAGCUGGAGGAGGAGGAGGAGAGCCAGAGCUUGAGACUGAAGGUUGUCUGUCAGCAGAUGCGAGUGUGUCCAGCGGUGCAGCAGGUGAUGAUGAUGAUGACCCGCAGCAGAAAGGUGAUGGUGAAGAUGAUGAUGAUGAUGAUGGUGGUCGCCGAAAACAGGAGGACGGUGAACCAGGAGCAUCUGUGAGAAGACCCAAGAGUUCUGCUACUUCGGCGUUUCUGCAGCGCGUGGUCAAAGUGUUCUUCGGGUGUGUGGCGGCAGUCGGCUGCGGCGUGCUCUACGCCGUGUAUCUGUCCACGUACCACGACAGGACCUUCUGGUUUUCAACGAGACAGGAGCUGGAGCGUGAAAUCACCUUCCAAGCAGGAAGUGGCCUCUAUUAUUACUACUUUAAGCACAUGCUGGCAGCCCCGUCCUUUGAAAGAGGCUUUUAUGAGCUGAUCAUAGAUAACAGGACGGUUUCAGGUCAAACCAUCAACGCAGUGGAGCGUCUGUCUCUGUAUCCAGAGCUCAUCACAAGCUUCGUGUACAGAGUCACAGGGAGCCAGGAUUUCGUGGAGCCGAUCUACUUCUACGUCGGGGCGGUGUUCGGCCUCCAGGCGGUCUGCGUCACUGCUCUGUUUGUGUGCAGCUGGGUGAUGAGCGGCACCUGGGUGGCUGGCAUGUUGGCUGUGGCCUGGUACGUGAUCAACAGACCAGACACAACCAGGGUGGACCAUGCCAUCCCCCUGCGGGACAACUGGGCACUGCCUUACUUCUCCUGCCAGGUGGCAGCUUUGACCGGAUUCCUGAGUAACAACAUCUGCUCUGCCACCGAGAUGUUCUGCUAUCUCACCAUGAGUGCCACCACCUUCACCUUCCUCCUGGUCUGGGAACACAGCCACUACGUGCUCUUCGUCCAAGGCCUCUGUCUCCUCCUGCUGGACUCGUUUGACCUGGUGCCAUCGCGAAAGAUGGCCGACAUCCACAAAGUGUACCUCAGCUCCUUGUUCCUCGCCUACUUGUUCCAGUUUCAGAACCCGGCGCUGCUCAGCUCGCCGCUGCUCAGCCUCCUGAUUGGCUCAGUGCUCGCGAGGUACUUCCAGCAAAAGAUGAAGAUGGGUCCUCUCGUGGCCAGAGUGAUGAAGCUCUUCCUACAUUUCCACCUGGUCUUUACCACAGGGAUCACCUUCAGUUAUUUGGUCAAGAAACUUUUACCUGCAAGUGAAGGCGACUUCAUACUGAAGUUCCUUGAAGUAAAAUUUGGGCUCAACACAACGACUGACUUUGUCACCAACCUCCUCCUGUGCCAAGAGAGUCUGCAGAGACCGAGUCAGGACCUAUUUCUGCGGCUGACGCAGGCCUCGGUCCUUCCCUUCUACUUCCUGGUGCUCACCGUCUGCCUGCUGUCCACCCUGCAGACCAUUUACAGAAGACUCAGUGGUCAGCCAAUGAAAACCAACCUGCGACUGGAAGACGGACGAAUAGGAGAGCAGCCUGAAGUCGUCUAUCACGUUUUCCACACAUUGCUUUUUGGAGGCCUGACUCUGCUCUUUGAUGGGAUGAAGUAUCUGUGGACGCCGUACGUCUGCAUGUUCACAGCGUUCGGCGUGUGUUCUCCUGACCUGUGGAUGACUGUGUUCAAGUGGCUCAGACUGAAGUCCAUUCACCCUCUGGUGCUGUCUCUGGUCCUGAGCACAGCAAUUCCCACCAUCAUUGGUUUCAGUUUAUGGAGAGAGUAUUGCCCUCGUGUCUUGGCGGAGUUGUCCGAUCUGCAGGAGUACUACAACCCAGACACCGUGGAGCUGAUGAACUGGAUCAGGUCGCAGGCUCCCUUGGCAGCGGUGUUCGCAGGAAGCCCUCAGCUCUUGGGAACGGUGAAGCUGUGUUCAGGCUCAGCUGUGACCAGUCUGCCGCUUUAUUCCGACAUCAACCUGCUGAGGAGGAGUGAAGACACUUAUCAGGUGUACGCAAUGAGAUCGGCAGAGGACAUCUACAAGAUCCUGACGUCUCAGAAGACGAACUAUGUGAUCAUCGAGGAGUCAAUUUGUACCGAGCUCAGUAUUAAUAAGGGCUGUCGCAUUAAAGACCUGCUCGACAUCGCCAAUGGACACGUCGUCUACGACAAAGGGGAGAUAUACUCCUUCUCCAAGCACGGGAGAUUCUGCCACGAAAUAAAGAUGAACUACUCGCCGUACACAAACUACUUCACCAGAGUUUUCUGGAAUCGCUCGUACCACGUGUACAAAGUGAACUCUGUCAUCUCCUUUCAGUACUGACGGCAGCUGCUGAGACUCUCCUGAGCUGGAACUCCGCCCCUCCGACGGUGGUUUCACAAUCACGUCCCACAGUCUAACACGGAGGACUUGAGCAGCUGUGCGCUCAGAACAAAACGUCUAAUCACUGUUCGCAAAUUCGGCCUGUGGACGGUGAAGGUGCACAUUUGAACCAACGGGGGAUCAGCUGUUGUUUGUUUUAAAGUCGACAUUAAUGGACUCUGUUGAAGUUUGAAUCUGCCAUUAUUAAAGGGGCAGUAAGUGAUUUUUGGAGAAAAGAUUGUUUGUUGUAGACAGACGCGUUAACCACGAGGCCAAAUCCCCAGAGUCGUAGAGUACAUUGGAUUAAAAUCGCUUACUGCCCCUUUAAUCACUGUUCCGUGGUCUUACAAUUUCCCCAUUACAUACUGUUACUGAUACUGCGAUCGAUUUGAACGAAGGUGGAAGUUUGUGUGUGUUGUUCACCUUGUAUAGAGUCUGACAGCAGCUGUGGUUACUGAGAUUUUUUUUUAUCUAAGUGUGAUGAUGAUGAUGAUUUAUUAUCUUGUUACAAUAACUUUUUUAUUUUUGAAUCUUGUCUCAAAUUUCUCAGAUGAUCAUGUUCUGUCCAAUCACUCAUGAAGUUCAUCUUGUUGCCUAAAAAAAAAAGGGUUGCAGCAAAAUGGAUCGACAGUACGCAAACUAAUAUUAUUUACAACCACCUUUUUGUCAUCGUGCAAUAGCUGGAUCUCAAAUUAUGUCGAACAGGUGAAGAACUAAUUAAGAUGUAAGUAAAAUAACCGUCAAUCUCCGCUGCUUUACGUCACUCUGCCUUUUGUUUCCUCUCAAAAAAAAAACAAUACUCAUGCUGGACAUGUGUAUAUUCUGUGUCAUUAACAGACGACUGCUUCUCAUAUCCUCAGUUUGGAUAGGGAAGUUGUCUCCUUGUACGCUGGUUGUGGUUCGAUGUGAGAGCAGAUCUCCGCUGUCAGAGAUUUCAGAGCUCAUUAUUCCUGGCAUCUACUUUUCAGCCGGUGAAUAUAUUUGAAAUUAACGACCUCCAUUAAAAGAUGCAGAAAAGACCUGUAAUAUCAGCUCCAUGCUAGUUACAACAUUAAUAUCACAUGGUGCCUGUUUGCGAUGGGAGAGUUUUUAUUUUCAAAUAUUGAUUAUUGUACUAUAACCGGGACAUUGGAAACAUUAUCUGGUUGUGAAGCUGCUCUACAUGUUGAUGCCUUAUGUUCAGAGGCAUGUUCCACUCUUAACACUGUUCCCACCUUCUUUGCUUUUAAUUGAUUGCUCUUUCAGCUUCGUCUGAGGCCGAUCAGAUCGUUUCCAACCCCCUGGUUGGUUGUUACUUGAAGUUUUCUGUUGAAGUUCCGCCUGUUGCUGUCAUGCUAGUCUCACCAGUAACUGUCCCUUUUUCAGAAAGGCCAUGUAGUGAAUAUUAGGUUUUAUUGAAUUGCUGAUGGAAAUUGUGUACGAGUUGAUAAAUACAAAAUGUACCUGUCGAAAGCGUGGGCAUUUUGUCUCCUGUUUGCAUAAAAAAGGAGCCAACUGGAAAAAAUCAAUUGCAAAAUGGAAAUAAUGGAAAAUAAAAGAAAAGGAUAACUUUGAA